AUGUCUUGCCACGCAGCAUUCCCAACCAUCGGGAAACUGAAAACAUUUACAAUAACGUUAGAUAAUCCCGAGGGAGUGUACUCACCGUACGACGACGUCAAGGGUCAUGUAAAGGUGGAAUUGAAAGACAAAAUGAAAAUGAGAGGCAUCAGACUUCAUUUCUACGGUGGCGCGGAAGUGGAAUGGAAAGAGCUUAAGAAGGUGGGAGACCAAACCUACACGGAGUACUACAGAGCAAAUGAAACCUACCUUAACUUUGAAAUGGUUUUAUUUGGUAAAGCGUCGGGACAAGGGGGAGACAACCCUACUCUACCCGCAGGAAGUUAUACAUAUCCGUUCCGACACCGGCUGCCAGGACCUCUACCUUCCUCGUUUGAGAGUUAUGCGGGGAAAAUAAGGUACUGGAUCAAAGGUACCAUUGACAAGCCAUGGAAGUUUAACCACACAACGAAAAAGGUUUUUACAGUUGCCGAUAAACUCGACCUCAACGAUCGCCCCGGAACGAGGAAAGCUUCACGAGGAGAAGACGAAAUUAACCUAUGUUGCUUGUGGUGCAAAUCUGGGCCAAUCAGCUGUAAGUUUGAACUUGACCGAAGUGGCUAUGUUCCGGGGGAAUCUAUUCCUAUCAAAGCGGAGAUCAUCAACCACAGUAACAGGAGGAUGUGGAGGUCACGCGCAGAGCUACACAUGUUCUGUGUAGUUCCCGUUGGACCCGCAUACCAGUUAGAGAUACCGCUCAAAAUAAUCAUCGGAACUAUUCCACUCAGAGAAUCUGUUCCUCCAAGGCAGGGUCCAAGCCAGUCGCACCUUCAUCAGGAGAGAGCACAGGCUUUUGCUCCAUCCACAUCACAGCCAACACCAACCUAUGCCGAGAGUACGUUUGGCAAGGUGAACAUAAAAGAUGUGGACGACACUGAGUAUACCAAAGGAGACACGGACUAUGCUCCAAUGUAUGCUUACUACAACGAGGGAUCAACAGCUGAGUCUGCAACUGGGGACAAAGAGACUUCAGCUCCUCCGCAGUAG